UCAGUUUUUAACACACAAAGCAAAAAUUUAACAAAAAACAGAACAAAACUUCACCUUUAUGUGUGGCAUUCUGAAUGAAGAAAUCUGACCAUUCAUAGCAUCCUGCUAAAUUUACCGUUUCCAUUCAGUGGUGCUUUAACUCAAAGAUGGCUCUCUUUACCUGAAAGAAGUGUGAGCAGUGUGCCACUUUAAAAUGACCACAGAGAGCAGCAGCAGGAGCUCUGACUGGCCAGACUCUGCACACAAAUACUACAAAAUACAAACACAGUUCUUGUUUGCCAAUCAGAACUCCUGCUGCUGCUCUGAAACAUCUGUGUUACAGUUUCAGGUCUAAAAUACUGCCUGACUUUAGCAGGGAGACACGAUGACGCCAGUGGACCUUUUGAAGACUCUGGAGGAUUUAAAAGAGGAGGAAUUCACAAAGUUUAAAUGGUAUCUGAAGCAGCCUGACAUCCUGGAACCCUACCAAACCAUCAAAGUAUACAAGCUGGAGAAGGCAGAAAGGCAGGACACUGUGGAUCUGAUGGUGAAUGCCUAUAAACCUCAUGGAGCUCUGAAGGUGACCAAGAAGGUUUUAGAGGAGCUACCCAGGAACGACCUGGUGCAGAGUCUGCCAGACACCAGCUCAGGACCAGAAGUGGAUGUCAAUAAAGUUGGAGAGACUUCAGGGAACAGAGGAGCGUCCUCCUCCCAGUGUGAAGAGGAGGCUCCAUUGAAGCCGCUGCCAGGGGUCAAAGCAUCCAAGAAAGCUCUGGUGGAGCCUGGUGGAGACCGAUGGUUGAGACCAGGUCUGAGGAAGUAUUCCUGUGAACUCACAAUCGACACAAAUACAGUACACAGAAACAUUAAACUGUCUGACAACAACAGGAAGGCGACACUUGUGAAUGAGAAUCAGUCAUAUCCUGAUCAUCCAGAGAGGUUUGACUACUGGAAGCAGCUGCUGUGUAGAAAUGGUCUGACUGGUCGCUGUUACUGGGAGGUCGAGUGGAGAGGAAGAGUUAAUAUAUCAGUGAGUUACAGAGGAAUCAGAAGAAGAGGUGGCAGUAUAGACUGCUGGUUUGGAAGGAAUGAUCAGUCCUGGAGUCUGAGCUGCUCUGAUGGUUAUUACUCUGUCUGUCACAAUAAGAGAGAAACAUCCACCACCACCACCACCUCCUCCUCCCCCUUCUCCUCCUCCUCCUCCUCUUCCUCUGGUAGAGUAGCAGUGUAUGUGGACUGUCCUGCGGGCUCUCUGUCCUUCUACAGAGUCUCCUCUGACACACUGAUCCACCUCCACACCUUCAACACCACAUUCACUGAACCUCUUUAUCCUGGAUUUGGGCUCUGGUUGUCUGGUUCUGGUUCCUCAGUGUCUCUGUGUUCUGUGUAG